UAGCAGCCACUACUGAAACUAUCAUUUCACUCUCAAGAUCAGCUUCUCCAACAAUGGCGGCCAUUGCUCCACCCUCCUCUUACUCCUUCUCAAAACCCUCCCCUUUCUCUUCCUCAGCCAAAUCCCACCCCUCCAUUUCCAGAUUCAACCCCCCCUUCUCUCCUCUUCCCCAAAAACCCUCUCCCCUCCGCCACCUCCGGAUCUCCAGCUCCCUCUCCCCCAAAACCGAUACCACAAUCACAACCGCCACCACCACCACCACCACCAACCCUCUAGACACAGAGGCCCCAAUCUCCCGAUUUUCCCCUGACGAGCCCAGAAAAGGCGCCGAUGUCCUCGUUGAGGCGCUCGAGCGCCAAGGCGUCACCGACGUCUUUGCCUACCCUGGCGGCGCAUCAAUGGAGAUCCACCAGGCUCUCACGCGCUCUUCUUCCAUCCGCAACGUCCUCCCGCGCCAUGAGCAAGGCGGGGUGUUCGCAGCUGAAGGCUACGCCCGCGCGUCGGGUCGUCCCGGCGUGUGCAUUGCAACCUCCGGCCCCGGCGCAACGAACUUGGUUAGUGGCCUCGCCGACGCGCUCAUGGACAGCAUACCGGUGGUGGCAAUCACCGGCCAAGUACCCCGGAGAAUGAUAGGCACUGACGCCUUCCAAGAGACCCCAAUUGUUGAGGUAACAAGGUCAAUCACUAAGCACAAUUAUCUUGUUCUUGAUGUAGAGGACAUUCCUAGGGUUGUUAGGGAGGCCUUUUUCUUAGCUACCUCCGGUCGACCUGGCCCGGUUUUGAUUGAUAUACCCAAAGAUGUGCAACAACAGCUUGUGGUUCCCAAUUGGGAUCAACCCAUUAAGUUACCUGGGUACAUGUCUAGGUUGCCCAAGUCCCCCAAUGAGGGUCACUUGGAGCAGAUUGUGAGAUUGGUGUCCGAGUCCAAGAAACCGGUUUUGUAUGUUGGUGGAGGGUGUUUGAACUCCAGUGAGGAGUUGAGGCGGUUCGUGGAGCUCACGGGGAUCCCCGUGGCUAGUACUUUGAUGGGUCUCGGGGCAUACCCGUGCAAUGACGAAGAACUGUCACUCCAAAUGCUUGGAAUGCAUGGCACUGUUUAUGCUAAUUAUGCUGUGGAUAAGUCUGAUUUGCUGCUUGCAUUUGGGGUGAGGUUUGAUGACCGGGUUACCGGGAAGUUGGAGGCAUUUGCUAGCCGGGCUAAGAUUGUUCACAUUGAUAUUGACUCGGCGGAGAUUGGAAAGAAUAAGCAGCCUCAUGUGUCGGUUUGUGCUGAUGUAAAAUCGGCACUGGAAGGGUUGAAUAGGAUAUUGGAGCAGAAAGAGAGCAAGGUUAAGCUUGAUUUUUCGGCUUGGAGGGCGGAGCUGAAAGAGGAGAAAGUGAAGUUCCCAUUGGGUUUUAAGACUUUUGGGGACUCCAUUUCUCCUCAGAAUGCCAUUCAGGUUCUUGAUGAGUUAACUGAUGGGAACGCGAUUAUAAGCACUGGUGUUGGACAGCAUCAAAUGUGGGCAGCUCAGUUUUACAAGUACAAGCGGCCUCGGCAGUGGUUGACAUCAGGGGGAUUAGGAGCUAUGGGCUUCGGAUUGCCUGCUGCUAUCGGGGCUGCUGUUGCAAACCCGGAUUCUGUUGUCAUUGACAUUGACGGUGAUGGAAGUUUCCUUAUGAAUGUCCAGGAAUUGGCAACGAUCAGUGUGGAGAAACUUCCAGUCAAGAUAAUGCUGUUGAAUAACCAACAUUUGGGUAUGGUUGUGCAAUGGGAGGAUCGCUUCUACAAGGCAAACAGGGCUCAUACUUACUUGGGGAACCCAGCAAAUGAGUCGGAGAUAUUCCCAAAUAUGCUCAAGUUUGCAGAUGCUUGUGGGAUACCGGCUGCCCGUGUGACAAAGAAGGAAGAUCUGAAAGCAGCAAUUCAGAAAAUGUUGGACACUCCUGGUCCAUACUUGUUGGAUGUAAUAGUGCCCCAUCAAGAGCAUGUCCUGCCUAUGAUUCCGAGCGGCGGUGCUUUCAAAGAUGUGAUAACGGAGGGCGAUGGGAGAUCAAGUUAUUGAAGUUGCGGGCUGCGCAGCGCCUGUUUUUCAUUCGGAAGAGUGUAAUUUAGAGGUGUAUGUAUAAGUUUUUAGUUUAUGUGCUAGUAUUAGCUUGAACCAGUUGUGUCUGUUAAGUUUUGGCAUCUCUUAUUUAACUUGGAAUAAUUUUUAGCUUAAAGUUUGUGACUGA